CAAGAUCGAGAGGAAGGAGAGUAGACAUGUCUACAGCUGAUCUCUGUUUUAUAACAUAAUCUACCACAAUGGCAAGGAAUGCAGAAAAGGCUAUGACUACAUUGGCACGGUGGCGAGCAGCACAGGAAGGAGGCAGCCAACAACAAAAAACCCGGCGACCUUACUUGGCUUCCGAGUGUGAAGAUCUUCGAGAAGCUGAAAAGUGGAGAAAUCAAGUCAUUUCUGAAAUUGCAAGGAAAGUCUCACAGAUUCAGAAUGCUGGCUUGGGAGAAUUCCGAAUUAGAGACUUAAAUGAUGAAAUCAAUAAGCUUCUACGAGAAAAGGGUCACUGGGAAGUACGAAUCAAGGAACUGGGUGGUCCCGAUUAUGUUCGUGUUGGACCAAAAAUGACAGAUAUGGAUGGACAAGAAGCCCCAGGCAACAGGGGUUAUAUGUACUUUGGAGCAGCUAAAGACCUGCCAGGAGUGAGGGAGCUGUUUGAGCAAGAACCUCCGCCACCUCCCCGCAAGACCCGUGGAGAGUUGAUGAAAGACAUUGAUGCUGAUUAUUAUGGUUAUAGAGAUGAUGAUGAUGGUGUGUUGAUACCACUAGAGAGAAAAGCAGAAAGGAAAGCAAUAAAGGCAGCUGUGAAGCAGUACACAAAUAAGAAACUGGCAGCCAUGGCUGAUGAAGAGGAUGAGGAAUCCCAAGAGAAUGGGAUACAAGACGAGGAUGACAUAGACAGUGAGGAUGAAGAG